UUGACUGAAAAUUGAUCUGUUUGACUAUUUUAAACUAUCAUCAACUCAGAUUACAUUUAGUCACCUGUGAACUCCGCACGUGAAAAGAAUGUAGAAUUUCGUCAAUAUAAGGAAUUAUGAAAUAAGAAACAAUGGCCUCGAGCAGUAGAAGAAUACGGCUUGUGUCAGCCACUCUGAAGUUCAGUAGCCUAGAGUUGGUGAUAUGGUUAUGGAUCAGCUUGAACCUUGCUACCCUCGUUCUUUCCCAACAUAACUUUUACACAAGCGGUCGUUAUGGGAAAAGGGUAGAAAAUGAUGCUCCUGCAGGAGGACUGUUCCUGUCAGGCAGUAGAUACGGAAGGAAUGGGAGGGGCAACAUAAAAAAUUCAAACUCCGUGACAAAAGUUCUGGAGAUAUCGCCCAGGGUCGACCGUUUUUUCAUGGGGAGUCGCUAUGGAAAAAGGGCACAUAUGCAAUCAUAUAACGUAGCUUCCUUAAAGCGGUUUGAAGCAGCUCUUAAUUAUUUAGAUCGAAUUCAACAUGUACAGCUCAUAAAACGAGAAGGCGAAAUAAAUUAUGACAAGAGCGACGAGAAUGAUGACAACAAGGAAGAAAAUCAAGGACCUAAGAACAACUUGGUUCUAUGAGAACUGUUUAAUUUGAGUCGCUGCUAAUAAAAAAAAUAAACAUUUUCAUUGGCUUUACGAGAGGAAUAUUGUUGUCCCUUUAGAUAAUUACUCCGUUUAAGAGCAUUUUCAACAUCGAACAACAGAAUUUUCCAGGAAACAAAACAUUCUUACAAAAAAAAAUGUAAUAUUUCGCAUAACUGUCUUCCUCUAGGUCAGAAUUUGACUCAAUCUAACACUUCUUAUAUGAAAAAUAAUAAACAAAUAUUCAUUAAAAACUAAAAUUAACAUUAAGUCCAAUCUUUAGAGAUUUUUAACUGAUGCACUGUGGUUAUUGAACAAAGGAAAAGCACACAAAUUUGUUGUUUCUUUACGUAAUUCUUAAGUGUUAUUGAGAGAGAUAUACAAGUGAUGUUUAUUAUUUAAAAAAAACAAUUAUGAAUUAUAAAUAACAAAUUCCAAAAAGAUCUCAAUUAUAAAAUAAAUUAAAGUGUAAAUUCGUCCGGCACGAGGGAAAUAGAGAAAACUUUUCAGUCAAAUUUUGUUUUUCGAAGAGACUGACAUCUAUCAUCUAUGACCUAUUUCUAUCUGGAUUUGAUAUCUAUUAAAUUGCAAUUGUAAUUUAAAUGUUAUUAUUUUUAUU